AUGGAUGGCGCGCCCAGCGCCCGAGAGCGAAGUCAGCGACCGGGCAAAGAUCGGAAGCCUAAGAAAAUAGCCAAGGAAAAUACUACAUAUACGUCAAGUCUGGAGCUGAUGGGACGACAAGCGCGUUGGAGGGGAAAAGCCAAGCAAAACCGUCCCGGGCGCACAGUCCAGCACAGCCUCAACGUCUAG